GGGAAACUUGACGAUCUUUCCUGUGAAACAGCGCAGCGUUUCCUUAUUCCACUCUGACUACACUUUUAAACCCAUUUUUACUCUGGUUUAAGGUCUCUUCUUGUAGCAUAAAUGCCUACAUUUGCGUCCAAAGCUCCUGGUUUUGUUGCCGUCUGCGUUCAUUGCUAGGUGAUGGACGGGCAGCAGAUCCAGGUGAGUGACGAAGAGCCCAAAGUCCUGCGAGAAGAGCCCCGGAGGAGGAGGAGAAAGAAGGCCAUCUCGUCGUCGUUCGGCUCCUCCAUGGAUCAGAUCAGUGUGGAGUUCAUCCUGCCCACCGUGGUGCGGGGGGGAAACAGUCCAGACUCUCUGUUGCUGGAGGUGGCAGGAAACUGGACGGUGGAACAGGUGAAAGCUCAGGUGUGGCUGAAAGCGGUGACUCUGAACCUGUGUCCGGACUUCUACCAGAGGUUUUCUCCGGACCACUGCAUCCUGCUCUACCAGAAGAAAGGCAACGUGUGUGAGAUCUACGACAAGCACCAGGUGUUCCAGACGCUGGACUGCAUCCGCUACUGGAGAGCCCUGAAGAAAGAAGUGGGGCGGAUCCAGCUGCUUCCCCGCCCACAGCCCUCAGACGAGUCCCUGCAUUACCAGCGCUACCUCAACUACCUGAUCGCCUACGACGUGACGGACGUCAGCAACGUGCACGACGACGAGCUGGAGUUCACCCGCAGGAAGCUGUUGACGCCGCGGCGCAUCGAGCUGUCUGACCGCGACCCAAAACUCUACUCCAUGGACCCGUGGGUGACCCGCAAGACGCUGCCGGAACGCCUGUUUAGCAAGGUCAGUAACGGUCACAUCCUGCUGGUGAUCCACAUCGGCACAGCCAGCCAGACCAUCAAAGUGUCAAUCAGAGACACGCCAGCACAGGUACUGCUGAGCUUUUUCGCGAAGACGGCGAGUAAGAAAGCUUUGCUGGGAAUCCCUGAGGACAUGUGUGAGGCAGACUUUGUGCUCCGUGUGUGCGGAAGGGAGGAGUACCUGUACGGGGAAAAACCUCUACAGGACUUCAACUGGGUCCGUCAGUGUCUGAAGAACGGGGAGGAAAUCCACCUGGCUCUGGAGACGGCCCCUGAUCCAGACCUGGACCUGGUUCAGAAGGAGGACUGGGCUCAAGUAGAUGACUGCACCGGAGUGGCAGGUACCCAUGAGCAGCUGACCAUCGACGAGAAGGACCAUGAGCGCGUGUUCACCAUCUCUAUGUGGGACUGUAACAGGAAGUUCAGAGUGAAGGUGCUCGGGAUCGACAUCCCAUCCCUCCCCAAAAGCCCAGAGCUCAUUGUCUUCAUUGAGGCCAGCAUCUUCCACGGCCAGCAGCUCCUAGCUCAGGAGAGGACGUCCUCUAAAAACUUCAAUGAAGAGGUGCUAUGGAACUGCUGGUUGGAGUUUAACAUAAAGAUCAGGGACCUGCCGAAAGGAGCUCGCCUCAACCUGCAGGUGAUCUGUGGGAAGCAGCCUCUGACGCCAACCUCCAAGGGGACCUUGUCCUACCAGGAUACAGCAACAGGCAGUCAUGAAGGGAAGACCAAGAGUCGCCUCCUGUACUACGUCAACCUGCUGCUGAUCGACCACCGCUCCCUGCUGCGCCAGGGCGAGUUCAUCCUCCACAUGUGGAAAAUGCCGGAGAAGAGCGAGGAGAGCAGCAGCAGCAUCAACGCGGACAAGCUCACCUCGGCCACCAACCCGGACAAGGCGUCCGCCAUGGCCAUCGCCAUCCUGCUGGACAAGUACUGCUACCCCGUGGUGCUGCCCAAGAGCCGGGACGUGUGCCGAGACGUGGGGGCUGGCAGCGAGGAGGCUGAGGGGGAGCGCGGCCAGAGGGAGAUGCCCAACCACCUAAAGAAGCAGUUUGCAGCCAUCGUGAACACCGACCCCCUGCACCCGCUCAGCCCGGAGGACAAGGAGCUGCUGUGGCACUUCAGGCACGAGUGUAUGCGUGACCCCAGGGCCUACCCGAAGCUGCUGGCUUCAGUCAGGUGGGGGAAACAGGAAGAUGUUCUGGCAACACAUCGUCUGCUAGAGCGCAGCAGUGCGUGGGACAGCAGUGGUCUGGAUGUGGGUCUGGCCAUGCAGAUGCUGGACUGUCACUACUCUGACGCUCAGGUCCGCUCCAUGGCCGUCAGGAAGCUGGAGACUCUGGAGGAUGAUGAUGUGCUCAGAUACCUCCUUCAGCUCGUACAGGCAGUCAAGUUUGAGCCGUACCAUGACAGUGCCCUGGUCAGGUUCCUGCUGAAGAGAGCUCUGAGGAGUAAGCGCAUCGGUCACUUCCUCUUCUGGUUCCUGCGCAGCGAGAUCGCUCAGUCCAUGCACUACCAGCAGAGGUACGCCGUGCUGCUGGAGGCCUACCUCAGAGGCUGCGGGGAGGAAAUGCUGCAAGACUUCAGGAAACAGGUGGAGAUGACAGAAGCUCUGCAGAAAGUCACCCGAGAGAUGAAGGCCCUGUACGCUGACAAGUACGACAUCACCGCACAAGUGGUGUUUCAGCUGCGUCAGAAGCUGGAGACUCUUCAGCCGGCCGGUCCGCCCAAGAGUUUCAGGGUCCCUUACGAUCCUGGACUGAGAGCUGGAGCCCUGCUGAUCGAGCAGUGUAAAGUGAUGGCAUCUAAGAAGAAGCCUCUGUGGCUGCAGUUCAAAAGGGCCGACCCCACCACCCUGUCCAAGGACCCAAUCGGCAUCAUCUUCAAAGACGGCGACGACCUCAGGCAGGACAUGCUCAUCUUGCAGGUGAAUCUGCUCAUCAUGGAGUCCAUCUGGGAGACCGAGUCCCUGGAUCUCUGCCUGUUGCCGUACGGCUGCAUCUCCACUGGAAACAGAAUAGGUAUGAUUGAGAUUGUGAAGGACGCCACCACCAUCGCUAACAUCCAGCAGAGUGUGGUGGGAAGCACAGGAGCUUUUAAAGAUGAAAUCCUCUAUCAGUGGCUGCGGGACAAGUGUGUCAGCGAGGACAAGUUCCAGCAUGCGGUGGAGAAGUUCCUGUACUCCUGUGGGGGCUACUGUGUGGCCACCUACGUCCUGGGUAUCGGGGAUCGCCACAACGACAACAUCAUGAUCACUGAAUCUGGGAAUCUCUUCCACAUCGACUUUGGGCACAUCCUGGGGAAUUACAAGAGCUUCAUGGGAAUCAGUAAGGAGUGGGUUCCCUUCGUGCUCACACCAGACUUCCUGUAUGUCAUGGGAACAACCGGGAAGAAAAGCAGCCCUCACUUCCAGAAAUUCCAGGACGUGUGUGUGAAGGCGUACCUCGCGCUGCGGCACCACACCAACCUGCUCAUCAUCCUCUUCUCCAUGAUGCUGAUGACCGGCAUGCCCCAGCUGACCAGUAAGGAGGACAUCGAGUACAUCCGUGAGGCGCUGACUGUGGGCUGCAGCGAGGACGAGGCGCAGCGCCACCUGCUGGACCAGAUAGAGAUCUGCAGAGAGAAGGGCUGGAUGGUUCAGAUUAACUGGUUCGUUCAUCUGGUGCUGGGCAUCAAGCAGGGAGUGGAGAAACGGUCCACUUAGGACUCUCUUAUAUGAAGUGAAUAAGUCUUACAAGAACAUUCAAACAGGAGACUGAACAUUUUAAAAAUGAUCGCACAAAAGAUUUUUGUUGAUUAUUUACUCAUUUUUAAGAGAGCCUGUCCGACUCGGGUGACAUGAUCCUAUCGCUCGGACUUAGAAAGAAUGCCUCCCUUCUCCCUUACUAGAUAAUAAAAUGGUUGCCAGAAGCAACCUUUAAUUAUCUUACUAAUUUCCAUUUUACUGCGAUGAAAACAUAAGCGUUAUCCUGAGGCACAUUUAAAACAAUCCGCUGAAACCAAACUAAUGUUAAACAUUUCACAUUUAGUCAACCCUAUUAGUGAUCCCAGAUAAAGGCUCUCACCUGGAGGACAGAUUUAAACAAAAAAUAAAUGUUCUGUAUGGGUAGAAUAAUGAGAGCAGAUUAUACUACUGUAUGGAAAAAGGCUGGAACUUUAAGAGCAAAACUACUUUUAAACUGUGGUACUGCACUCAAUACAAUACAUUAGAUCUUUUACAUUUUAUUUCCUAGUGAGGAGGAAAGUAAAGGCUGCCUGUUUUAUUGCACUGCUUGGACCAAGUCUAAAAAAAUCCAUAAGUAUAAAUGCCCAAGUCUAGUUUCACAAAGUCAAGCUACUUCCUGUUUCUGGUUGUGUCAUUUAAAGUCAUUUCCUGCUGAACAAACACAUUUAGGUAACAUAGGUACCAGAUUCUGGCUGAAGCAGUGUCCAUUGACUCCAAGAGAGGUCAUCUUUUAAAUCAUUUUAUAUUCAAAAUAUUUGCUUUAAAGUAAAUACUAUGCAAGGAAUUGUUCUUAUGGUUUUGAGUUAGAAAAUACUGUAAUAUUAACGUUGUUUUUGAAGUGAGAGUUGUCCUAUUUAUACUUUCAACAAAGCACUCGUUGUUAAGGAAUACUUCGUUAAUGUCUUUGAAACAAGAGCCUUUAAAAAAGAGAAGAAAAUCCCAAAUGACGUAAUAAAAGUUCAAUGUAAUCAUGCUAAAUAUGUUCUGUUUUUAAACUCUGGCACAUGCUGGUGUGUGCUGUGCUCACCUUUAUUGUAUUGUGGACAUAAAAGUAUAUUUUGAGAAUAUACAAUAUAAUAAUAAUUUGAGAUUUCCAAUUAUGCCAUCAAAACAAUCACUCAUUUUGAAAUGUCUGUGCUAUGUUAAUAUGUCUUAAAAAUAUAAUCAAGGAACCAAUUUUGACUGAAAGAAACACAUUUAAAAACAAUAUUUGUAGGGCCAUCACAGCUUGUGUAUAUAUGAAUAGAAUCCUUUGUUGUUGUGAAGUUUCGUGAGUUUUCUUCCCUGUUUUUUUAGCAUCAUUAGCAUCAGCAGUAUUUUUUCUAUGGCUUGCAUUUCCAUUUUUUCUUAAAAAACAUAUUGUAAUAAAGCCUUUUGGGACUGAAAA